AUGAAUACUAGAACAAGUUCCCGCAUAGAACUUAAAAUUCACUAUGAAGAUCAUCAACAAGGUCUUAAAAGUGAGAACUACAUUUUAUGUUCAUCGACCGACACUAUUCGUGAUGUUAUUAAAAAGUUUUUGAAAACUGCCGACCUUGAUUAUAUUGAUUCUGGAAAUGUUUCACUAGUUGAAUUACGUAUGGGAAAUCAACGUUUACCUGCACCUUUAUUCAAUAUUUACACGACAUUGAAUCAACUUAACAUUCGACAAGGAUAUACUCUCUGUUUUGCGCCAUUAUGUGAAUUCUCAUCAUCAAGACUUUCACGUUUACGAGUUUAUGGUCCUAAUCAUAUCGACAAAAUAGAAUAUACAUGGAACAAACAUAUAACAACAUUACAAAUGCUUCUGGAAUAUAUAAUUAAAGUAUUUUCGUUAGAUUCAAUCGAACGCCAACGUAUUCAUCUUUUUAUGGAUUUUGAAGAACUCGAUCUAGUAUCAAAUUCUGAGAAGCUUUUAACUGAAUUGGGUGUUACCGACCUAACAAUGAUCUUUGUCCAAAUCGUAUCAUCACUUUCUUCAUCGAUGAUUCAUGUUGAAUGCACUUCUACGAAUCGAACAUACUUGUUCGAUAUACCUCAUACAACAACAAUUGAAAUGCUUAGAAAACAAGUCGAACAAAGAUUCACAGAUUAUUGCCUGUGUGAUUUUACCGUUUUUGAUCGUACGAAUGUGAAGAUAAACUUGAGUGAACCGAAUCGAACGCUUUUAUCCCUAGGAAUAAAUUCCGGUCAAACUAUUUAUGCUAGUUGUCGUCUGAUUUCCUCUAAUCGUGGCUGUUCUACCGUGGAUAGUCCGAAUAAAAGGGUCCCGCGAUCGUCAGCGUUAAUCUCGAAAUAUCAGCCAGAUGAUGUCGGGAGCAUUAUUAAAACCUCAACUAUGGAAUCUACUAGGACUGAAGUAUCAGUGAACAACAACAACAGCAACAACAACAACAGCAACAACAACAACACUGUAGAUGAUUCGACAAAAAAUACAGAAUUUCUGAAGAAAAAUAGACCAUUCGCUACAUCACAAAUACCAUUCAGAUCAAUUGUUAGUGAUGAUAACGAACCAAUUCAACGCUUAGUUGAUUUUAAAAAUAAAUCUGGUAACAUAAUUACUGCUAGUACAAUAACUGAGACGCCACCUCGUCCUGUAAUUGAGAGCAACCGCAGCUCUACAUCUUUUGUUCCGAGUAGAUAUCUGGACACUCGACAGUUUCCUUUAAUGCCUGUGGGUUUAUCGAAUCUUGGAAAUACUUGCUAUAUGAACAGUGCACUUCAAUGUCUUGCUCAUGCAAAACCAUUGACUCAAUUCUUUUUAGAUGAUCUUGUUAAGGACGUUUUCGAUGGUGAUACAUGUAUGGAUACUGGAUGGAAUCAGUUUUAUACAAUUGGUACCAUGACUGGAGCAUAUGCUGAUCUAUUGCGAAAUUUAUGGUUAACUGAAAAAAAUAUUAAUCCUUAUUCAUCGUUUCGGCCGACUCAUCUAAAAGAAAUCAUUGGUGUUCAAGCUCCACGGUUUGCUACUUGGGAUCAGCAAGAUGCUCAAGAAUUUAUGACUUUUCUUCUUGAUGAAAUACAUAGAGAAUUAAAAGAAAAAAAUCCGAAUAAUUCAAAUACUAUUAUAGAAGAACUAUUUUUCGGUAAAAUAGAAUCUGCAAUUACUUGUCUUGAGUGUCAACAUAAAGAGAAAACGAUAAACCCUAUUAGUUUCUUGCCAUUGCCACUAGCUCAACAAGGACGUAAAUUUAUGGUCACAUUUAUUGCUAAAUAUAGAAAUAAUGACGUGACAUGUGUCAAUGUACAUGAAAAUGGUCAAGUGAAAAAUCUGAUAGAAGCAUUUGUUGAAUCAUUUUCUCAUCGAUACUUCAAUAAUAAUAUUAUAGCCAUGGCAAAUGAUGAAGAACUUGACUUAGAAAUGCUACUGAAUCAGUUAUCUACAUCUGAUGUAAUACUUGUCGAAAAGGGUGAUUUCGCAAGCAGUAAUCCAUUUAAUCGAUUCAAUAGGAGUGUAAAAAAAUUAACUCUUGAAAGUUGUCUUCGAGAAUUUUGCUCAUUGGAACGUCUAGAAGACUCAUGGUCAUGCCAACAAGAAAAAUGUAAAAAAUAUACGAAAGCAACAAAACAACUUCAACUGUAUAGUCUUCCAUCUAUACUCAUUAUACAAUUGAAGCGAUUUUCACAUGAAAAUGGUUUACGACAAAAAGUAGAUACAUUUGUAGAUUAUCCAAUUAAUGGUUUAGAUUUAAGUAGUUUUCUUUUAUCAUCAGAAAAAAUUAUUUACGAUUUAUUUGCUGUUAGUAAGCAUAUGGGAUCAAUAUAUGGUGGUCAUUAUAUAGCAUGUGCUAGACACGAGACAAACGGUAAAAGUGAAUGGUACAAAUUCGAUGACUCGUACGUAUCAUCGAUGUGUUACGAAACUGAUAUCGUUUCAGCAGAUGCCUAUCUUCUUUUCUACAUCAAAAGGGAGAAGCCGAAAUAA